CAGAAAGAGAGCAGCAGAUAAGAGCAACAAGUCACAAAACUUGAGCUGAAAUGCUCAUCUCGUUUUUCCAGCAGGCAGCAGAGGAAAAGUUCCGUUUCCUGGAGAUUAAACCGUUGGAUCGUCGUGAUUUUUGGACAGGUGCUUCAAAGCAUCUGGGCCAACAUUCUGGACGGUGGAGAUCGGGUUUUGAGGUCCGGAGGCCGGGUUUUGUUGGUCUGGACAGUAGCUAUUUUUCUGGUGAUACUUUUCUUAUCUUGGCUCUAUUUGAUUCCAUACACCUUGAUGUGCUUACUUCCAAGGAUAUGAUGAUUUUGUAUGCCUCUAGUAUUAUCUAGAGAAGACUUUGUACUGCUCCUUUGAUGAUGAUAGUGGAUUUAAGAGACCAAAAUGGUCCCGUGGUUUUUCCCUAGUUAACGGGUUUUCUACGCUAAAAUUCCGGUGUUUUUGUGUGGUGUGUGCUUACUGUUUUAGCUAAUUAUAUUGGUGUGUGGCAGCAAUAUUGUGUGUGUUCUAAUUGAAUUAAGAACAACCUAUUUGUUUGCAUCCUCAAAGGUUCAUUUAAGUUGGGGAAAUUUUAGCCUAACGGAGAUUAAUUCCGCAUUUUAUUAGUAACCGUUUGGGGCUGUUUUUCCCAUCAAAUUGGUAUCAGAGCUGAGUUCUUCUGUAUCGGGUUAAACUUGUUUGAAUGAUGGAAGCAAACACAAGUAGGAUGAUCAAUUUGAAUGGUUCUAAUUAUCAUGUUUGGAAAGGCAAAAUGGAAGACCUACUUUAUGUGAAGGAUUAUUAUUUACCCGUGUUUACUACUGAUAAACCUGAGAGUAAAACAGAUGCAGAGUGGAAUAUUUUGCAUAGACAGGUUUGUGGGUAUAUUCGCCAAUGGGUUGAUGAUAAUGUUUUGAACCAUAUUAGCGGGGAAACUCAUGCUCGCAGUUCGUGGAACAAGCUUGAACAGUUGUAUGCUCGAAAGACCGGGAACAAUCAGGGCCGGCUCUAGCGGUUCAGAGGCCCCAGGCAAAAUACGUAUGUUUAAUACUACCUCUGUAUCAUAAUAAGUGACCGACUAGGCUUUUUUCUUAAUUUAGAAUUAGGAGACUUUUGGUACUAUAGUUGUACUUUUUAUUUUAAAAAUGGCUUUUGGGAUGGAUUUCAAAAAUGGAAGUUUGACACUUAUUCUAAUACAACCCAAAAAGAAAAGUGUGACACUUAUUUUG